GAAGCGGCGGCGGCGGCGGCGGCUGCGUGCGCAGGAAGUUCUCUACUCUCCGGGAGCAUGAGGGGGAAGAGGCGGCGGCGCUGGCGGAGGUUUGGCGAGGCGAGGACGGAGCGGGGCUGAGCCGGCGGAGGCUGCCGAGCCGGGGAGAGGAGGAUUUUCUGACAUGUUGGCUGAGGAUGAAUUCCUGAGAUCGCCACCAAGGAAGACGGUCAGAUUCGGCGGUACUUUGGCAGAGAUCCUACUGAAAUAUAAACAGGGCAAGACCACUGAGUUUGAUCUGCUGAAGCAUCAGCUGUUGGAUCCAGACAUAAAAGAUGACCAGAUUAUUAACUGGCUCUCUGAAUUCCGGUCUUCUAUUACAUUUUUGACCAAGGAGUUUGAACAACUAAUUACCAUCCUGUUGAAAGUGCCAUGGUUGAGACGAAGCCAGCCUGUGGUGGAGGAGUACCUAGCUUUCCUGAGUAACUUAGUGUCUGCUCAGACAAUCUAUCUGAGGCCAUGCCUGCAAAUGAUCGUCUCGCACUUCGUACCCCCCCGAAUAACCAUCCGGGAGAACGAUGUAGAUAUCUCUGAUUCAGACGAUGAUGAAAAUGUUGUCGAGAGCUUCACCACCUGCCACAGAGCACUGCAGACAAUUGUGAAAUACGUCCCUUUGACUCCACAAUUUCUAAUGCCAGUGCUGGUUGAAAAAUUUCCCUUUAUUAAUAAAUCAGAAAGAACGUUACAAUGUUAUCUCCAUAAUUUGCUACGAAUAAGCGUAUAUAUCCCAUCAUUAAGGCAUGACAUUUUGGAGCUGGUUGUUGAGAAGCUGCUAAAAAUUGAUGUAAGCGCCCCCAAAAAAGAUAUCGAAGCUGCCGAAGAAGAUGAAGAGAGAAACAGUGAGAAGGGACUCUUCAAUAUGGAUGAAGAUGGGGAGAAUGCAGAGAAGAGUGACAUCAUGGCUCACCCCAUCGCAGAACGCCUCGACAUCUUGAUGAUCGUGAUGUUUUCCUACAUUAAAGAUGUUUGCUACGUUAAUGGGAAAAUUGAUGUUGGCAACACCAAAGACUUAUACCGAGACCUUGUGGCUAUCUUUGAUAAGCUGAUUUUAACCACCCACGGAUCAUGUCACGUGCAGUUCAUCAUGUUCUACCUCUGUGGUUUCAGAUUGGUAAUUGCAGAGGCUUUUGUGGAGCAUCUCUGGAAAAAGCUACAGAAUCCAAACAUUCCCGCUGUGAUCCGCCAAACCACCGGGAACUACAUUGGCAGCUUUUUGGCCCGGGCCAAGUUUAUUCCCAUUGUGACCGUGAAAGCCUGCUUAGAUCUCCUGGUCAGCUGGCUGCACACUUACAUCGACAACCAGGGCACGGGGUCCCGAGCAUUUUGCGACGUCGCGCUCCACGGUCCGUUCUACGCAGCCUGCCAGGCUGUGUUCUACAUCGUCAUCUUUCGCCACAAGCAGCUCCUGGAUGGAAAUCUCAAGAAAGGUGAGCAGAAGUUCGCCAGACAAGGAGAAGAAGAAUCAAUUCCUCUGAUCUUCUGUUUUCAAGGUUUGGCCUACUUACAAAGCUUAAACUUUGAGCGCAUUGUUCUGUGUCAGUUAAACCCCUUGAAGGUCUGCCUGCCAACCAUUGUGAGUCUCUUUGCUGCCCUGACCAGGAAGUACCAGGUGGCCUUCUGUGACACCAUCAUUGAGAGAAACCGGAGACAGAUACUGCCAGUUGUCCGAAGCAGCUGUGGGGGAGAAUCUGUUGAGACGGCCACAAACCCGCUUGACAGUUUUUUCCCGUUCGAUCCUUACAUUCUUAAAAAAUCAAAGAACACAAUCAAUCCUUUAUAUCAAUUUUGGGAAGAGCAGAGCGCUGAGGACCUCAAGGAGACGGCAGAACCUAUCAAUGAGGGCAAAGGAGAAGAGGAAGACGAUUUCUUGAGGGGUGAAACUCCCCAAAACGAUGGCAUGAUCAGCGUGACGCCGAGCUCCUUCAAUGCUCUUGUUCACAAUUCAGAAACCAGUCUUGGAUCAUCCCCCAGUUGAACUGCAGCUGCAGCUCUGAUUCUUUGGACAGCAACAGAUAGCAACGACAUAUGAGACCCUUGGCAGGAGAUGGGGGAACAGUUUCUAAAUUCUUCAUUUCUUGCAUUAAUUCAGCUAUCAAAACUGAACUUUUGCAUCCCGGACAGGAUGAUACGUUAAGCUUUUUGUACUUUAUUUACUACAAAAAGCUGCAAGUAUCAGAACCAUUAGACUUUUACGUUACUUUUUUUCCCCCUUUUGCGUUUCCCUAUUUUGGGACAGGUCCCUUCUGAUUUAACACAACACUGAACCACUGAUCCAGAGAAUGAUCGUGCUACAUGUUGAUGAUGCCUGUGGAUUGAAAAGGCAAAGCUACAUUUUCAAAGCAAACUUGCUCAUCAGAACCCAGAGAUCUGCUUCUUCGGGUUAAAAAAAGGGAGGCCUGUUUGAAUAGAGCUUUUACAAGAUUCCUGCGUGAUCCAAGAAUAUGAUAAGAGCGUCAAAAGUUACGCCAUAACAAUCUGAGACACUCAUAUUCAGGGGAAUUGUAUAAAAUAAGAUUUGUGGUUAUUCUGAUUUCUGUUAAAUUACGUUGCCUGUGUCAAAAAAAAAAAAGGAUGUGGCGGCUCAAUGGCUAAGACGCUGAGUUUGUCGAUCAAAAGGUUGGCAGUUCAGUAAUUCGAAUCCCUAGUGCCGCGUAACAGGGUGAGUCCCCCAUUACUGGUCUCAGCUUCUGCCAACUUAGCAGUUUGAAAGCCCGUAAAAAAUGCAAGUAGAAAAAUAGGGACCCCCUUUGGUGGGAAGGUAACAGCGUUCCGUGCGCCUUUGGCAUUGAGUCAUGCCAGCCACAUGACCACGAAGACGUCUUCAGACAGUGCUGGCUCUUCGGCUUUGAAAUGAAAAUGAGCACUGCUCCCUCGAGUCAGGAAUGACUAGCACAUAUGUGUGAGGGGAACCUUUACCUUUUUAUGUCAAAAGAAUAGGAUAGUAUCUGCGUAUAAAAAUACUGGCAUGACAACUGACCCUCAAUACCAUCAUCUAGUAGUGCUCCAUGCCACCGAGCACAACCAGCCAUGUGGCACGCAACUAAAACCUUGUUGUUAUCCCACAGCUGCUACUGGGAGUGAUACGCCCUCUUCUUAUAGUAAAGCCAGCCCUAACUCUGUUGUUUACCCUACUGACUCUAUAUAAAAGUUUUAUCUUCAGUAGCGCGUGUGGUUCAUUGCACAGCAGCCAAAGUGUGAAAAUCACAGGAAGUGAACUUGCCAAGAUUGACACUUCCAUAGACAGCUUGUUCCACCAAAUUCCAGCAAUUUAGAUUUCAAAUUUUGGCCUUUGGAGAGCAGUUUUCCAGCAUCGUGGAAGUAUCUCUGAAGCCGGGUAAUAACGUAGUUUCCAAACACUGGUUUGCAAGUCCCUAUAUGGGACAGUAGUAAAUUUGAGGCAGGAAGGAGUCAUAAAUUGGAAAGGUGAAUGACUUGCAGUUGCCAAGAGGAAUAUUUUUAAGAUGUUACCCUUAACUUUGCCCGGAUAAGAUGAUAAUACUGGCUUGGACUAAGGACCACUUUUGUACCCAAAACUGAAUUACUGUCUUCAGAUCUUGGUCCCAUUCUGCCUGGGCAGACCAAAACCAAAAUUUACAAUUUGUUUUUUUUUUUUUUUUAAUAACUCAAAUCAACAUGGAACAAGAAGCAAGAAUGGUCAUCUCAAAAACGAAACCCACAUUUCAUGAAUCAUGCAAGCAAAUAAUCUUUUUUCAUUAUUAAGGUUUUGUUCUAUUUCUAAUGAAAACUUUUCAUUUUACACAGAUUCUGUCAUUAUUUAAUUCUAUAGAUUAAACGUUAUUUAUUAAAAGUUAA